AUGAUUACAGUCAACUGUCCGGUGGGAACAUACUACCACAACGAGACCACGUGUUUCCCUUGUCCAGUCGGAACCUAUUCAGAUCUGGAAGGCACGAAUUCCUGUCUUUCGUGCCCCGACAACAAAACAACGCUUUCGGAGAAGUCCAGCUCACUGUCCGAAUGCAGAGCACUCUGCAAGCCAGGAACCUUCUCAACCAGUGGAAAGGAGCCAUGCAUGUCGUGUGAUACAGAGUCCUACCAAGACAUUUCGGCACAGACAGCAUGCAAGAAGUGUCCAGCUGGUCUCAGCACAGGAUUCUGGGGAGCAAAAGAAUCAUCUUCCUGUCGAGACGCCUGCUCCCCUGGAACAUACUCGAUAUCUGGAACCAAACCAUGUGCACCUUGCCCCGUUGGAUUCUACCAGCCUCUCAGAAACCAGACGUCAUGCAUGAAAUGUGAAAACGGCCUCAGCACUCACACCGUUGGCUCAACAGCAAAAUCGGACUGCGUUGACGUUAAGACCUGCGAAUCAGUGAUACCAUGUGCCGAGGGAUCGACGUGCAUGUACGUGGGAAGCACCUACAUGUGCGCGUGUCCGGAAGGGCUGGUGGGGCCGAACUGCGAGAACAACAUCGACGACUGUGCCGAAGAUAUGUGUUUGAACGGAGGUGUAUGCAUCGACGGGCUGAACAAUUACACCUGCUCAUGCCCUCCUGGCUUUACCGGCUCCAACUGCGAAGUGAAUAUCAACGACUGCGACUCAAAUCUUUGUCAGAACGGAGCAACAUGCAUUGACGGCGUCAACACUUUUGCGUGUAAAUGCGCGAAAGGAUUCCGUGGUAAAACCUGCCAUACCAGAUACCACGACUGCGCAACGAGAGCUUGUCAUAAUGGAGGCUCUUGCUUUGAUUCCAUUGACGGAUACAGAUGCUGCUGUCGCAGAGGAUUCACGGGAAAAUCUUGCGAACUGAUUGAAAAACCCUGCUCCCCAAAUCCUUGCGAACACCAAGGAACAUGUGUAGCUAAGGGAGAUGGGUACGAGUGCACAUGUCUGGAGGGAUUUACGGGUCCGCGAUGCGAGGAGAAUGUGGACGACUGUCAAUCCAGCCCCUGUCUGAACGGAGGAACGUGCGUCGACGGGGUGGCGUCGUUCUCGUGCAACUGCUCCGGACUUUACACGGGAGAACUUUGCGAAAGAGUGAGGCCCUCCAACUUCAGCCUACACUUCCCCGAUGCUUCCGUGUCCAACUACGCCAGGAUAUCCGUAAAGCGCAACCUGAGAGCGAUCACCCUAUCCUUCUUCAUGAAGACCUCCCAAAGCAAGGAGCGCGGGACGCCGGUGUCCUACGCUUUCGCCGACCCCGAAACCGGCGCCGUCGUGGACAACGGCCUGGUCAUUUCGGAUCCCAAAAAGCUGCUCCUUUACAUUUUCCAGGAAAGCUACGACACAAAUACGGUAGCCAACGAUAACGAAUGGCAUCAUUGCGCGGUUACGUGGAAUAGCAAGACGGGUCAGUGGACCUUCUACUGGGACGGACAGUCGCGGGUCACAGGAGUCAGGUCCAUGGGCGGACACAUGUUCAAGGGGGAACUGGUGGUGGGUCAGGAGCAGGACCAGGUUGGAGGAGCGUUCAGCGGCAUCGAGUCGUACUCAGGCCACGUGGCUGAACUCAACAUGUGGGACUACGAGAUGUCUGCGUCGGAGAUCAACAGCCUUACAAGAAGCUGUGGCAACGCCGGGAACGUUGUAGCUUGGCCUGAGCUACGAAAUGGCAUAUUAGGGAACAUUUUUUCUUCUGGCUACCCAGAUAUCUGCGCGGGGAAACCAGCUACUGUGGAUGAAUGCAAGACUUGCCACUGCGCUUUGAACUCUCUGGAGAACCGUUUUCGGUGUGCCAGAAAUGCAGGAUCGUGUGACAACAACCCUUGUCAAAACGGUCAAGCCUGUGUAAUCAGGAUUGACGGAAGUUCCCAGCGCGACUGCGAGGAAGGGUUCCAAGGCAAAUUCUGCGAAUAUGAUAUGGAUGAAUGCCUGGAGGGAAAACAUAACUGUUCCCAUAAAUGUGUCAACUCACUAGGAUCUUACGCUUGCUCUUGCCCCGCUGGCUUACACCUCAGCGACGAUGGCAUGACGUGUAUAGAUUCGUCAUAUUGCACGGAUGGAAGAUCGGCAUAUCUCCAUGGUGAACAUUGGCAAAGAGGCUGCGAAACCUGCACUUGCGAAAUGGGAUUCAUCAAGUGCUCCGCCUUUACUUGCAAAAGCAAAACAUGUCCUGAAGGUCAAGCCGUCUUCCAUAAUCUGAAAGAGUGCUGCCCAUCAUGUGUUGAAGCUCCAACAUCAUGUCAGCUGCUUCCAAACAAAACGUUUACCACAUUCGACGGGCUUUCCUUACCGGUGUACGACAGAAAGCGGUACAGCCUGUUCCAAGACUGCUACCACGGCGACUACUUCGGCUACCUGGACGAAACGGGGCACCAAAGGGCGGUUCGAGUCUACAUUCAUUGCUUGACGGCGACGAUGUACCAUAACGGUACUGUGCUAGUCAACGACAAGACCGUUAGCUUACCCCAUCAGGAGACCACUAUCCUCAGAGUAAGUAGCAGCACAGACGGUGCCGGCGUCCAGCUACAAACUCACCACGGGGUCGUUGUGAGCGUCAAGUACGAUGGAACGAUUGUGACCACGAUCGCGAAGAAGUUUGCGGGAAAAGUUUGUGGGCUCUGCGGCAACAUGAACAACGACGACAUCGACGACUUCAAGACCAGGCACCACAUCCCGGCAAAAAGUGUUGAGGAAUAUGUAAGCAGUUGGGAGGUUCUGACUGAGAGAAAGACCCGGGGCAAGCUAGUGCAAAGCUGCAGAAAGCGAACAAUCAGAGAUGUCAAGCGUGCCAUGGGCUUGUGCAACGCGCUCAAGGGUCGUUACUUCCACGUGUGCUACAAGCAUGUCAAGAACCUGCAGGCUUUCGUCGACGCGUGUGUGUACCACGUGUGCUCGUGUCACCGGAACAACCUUUGCUACUGUGAUACUUUUGCGUCUUUCAAGCUAACCUGCGAGAGGCAUAACGUCACCUUUAAUAACAUGCCCGGAGGGGAGUGCGAACACCAGUGUCCUGAUGGAAUGACAUUCGACGCCUGUGGCCCGGCACGCGUUGAGAGGUGUCAUCCUUACUCCUUCGAAGUCAUGGACACAUGCAUGCCCGGAUGCUACUGUCCGUCUGAGAAACUGUGGGAGAACGGAAAAUGCGUCGAAAAGAAGAAGUACUGUUCUGCGUACGGAAAGAAUCGGAGGUUAAUGGGGUCACCAAAGGAAGAAGUGUAG